AUGUCGGCCACCGCCUGCGCCCAGUUCCCGACAAAGCCAGCGACCGUGGACCGGAGGAGGAGUGCAGGGACAGCCGAAGAGGCCGAGUGCUUUCCAGAGAUGGCUGUGUCGGGGCCCGGGGGCAGUGCUGCGGGAUCAGUAACAUUCAAUGAUGUGACUAUGGCCUUUACCAGGAAGGAAUGGGAGCAACUAGAUCCUUCUCAGAAAAGCCUGUACAAGGAUGUGAUGCUGGAGAAUUACAGCAACCUAGCCUCAAUGGGGUAUCAGGCUCUCAAACCAGACAUGAUAUCCAAGUUGGAAAAAGGAGAAGAGCCAUGGCUAGGGAAGGGGAAAAGACCCAAACAAGCUGACUCAAGUGAAAUAGCAAGAACCAAGGAAAUAGGAGCCAAUGGAAAAGUCCAUCAAGAUGAUGACCAGCUAAAGAACCACCAGAAAUCUCAAAACAAAAUCCUUAGGGAAGUUGCAAUCAAGAAAACAACUCUGACUAAGAAAAAGAGCCAUGAACGUAGUUCAUUGUGGAAAAAAAAUGUGAGUACAAAAUAUAUUCCUUCAAAAAGAAAGCUUCUUAAAUUUGAUUCACAUGGAAAGAAUUUAGACUUACCUGGUGACCUAAGAAACUGUGCAGAAAAGAAAUCUGAUAUAGCUAAAGAGCAUAGGAAAUCAUUCAGUCAUAGCUUAUCUGAUACAAAGAAAGACAAAAAUCAAAUUGGAAAAAAAUGUGAGAAAUCAUCUACCUAUAGCUCAUCUAAUGGGCCUGACAAAACUCAAACUGACAAGAAAUAUACUGAACAGGACAAAAUUCAAACUGGAGAAGAACAUGAGAAAUCAUCCAGCCAUUGCUCAUCUCUUACUAAGCAUGAAAAAACUCAGAAUAAAGUGAAACCCUAUGAAUGUAAUGAAUGUGGGAAGGUUCUCAGCCAUAAACAAGGACUUAUUGACCAUCAGAGAAUUCAUACAGGGGAAAAACCAUACGAAUGUAAUGAAUGUGGGAUAGCCUUUAGCCAAAAAUCACACCUUGUUGUACACCAGAGAACACAUACUGGAGAAAAACCGUAUGAGUGUGUUCAGUGUGGCAAAGCCCAUGGUCAUAAACAUGCUCUCACUGACCAUCUGAGAGUUCAUACUGGGGAAAAGCCCUAUGAAUGUACUGAUUGUGGGAAAACCUUCAGACAUAGCUCAAACCUUAUGCAACAUGUGAGAUCUCAUACAGGUGAGAAGCCCUAUGAAUGUAAGGAAUGUGGAAAGUCUUUUAGGUAUAACUCAUCUCUUACUGAACAUGUGAGAACACAUACGGGUGAAAUACCAUAUGAAUGUAAUGAAUGUGGAAAAGCCUUUAAGUAUAGUUCAUCCCUUACUAAACAUAUGAGAAUUCAUACAGGUGAGAAACCCUUUGAAUGUAAUGAAUGUGGGAAAGCUUUCAGUAAGAAGUCACACCUCAUUAUACAUCAAAGAACUCACACUAAAGAGAAACCCUAUAAAUGUAAUGAAUGUGGAAAAGCCUUUGGACAUAGCUCAUCUCUUACUUACCAUAUGAGAACUCAUACAGGUGAAAGUCCAUUUGAAUGCAAUCAGUGUGGGAAGGCCUUCAAACAAAUUGAAGGUCUCACUCAACAUCAGAGAGUUCAUACUGGGGAGAAACCCUAUGAAUGUAAUGAAUGUGGGAAAGCUUUUAGCCAAAAGUCACACCUCAUUGUACAUCAGAGAACUCAUACAGGGGAGAAACCCUAUGAAUGUAAUGAAUGUGGAAAAGCCUUCAAUGCAAAGUCACAACUUGUAAUACAUCAGAGAUCCCACACUGGAGAGAAACCUUAUGAAUGUAAUGAAUGUGGAAAAGCCUUCAAACAAAAUGCAUCCCUUACCAAACAUAUGAAAACUCAUUCAGAAGGGAAAGCUCAUGAGUGA